UCUUGGGUGCACUCAGUUAGCCACACAGGUCAGCAGGGCAGGAAUGGAUGGAUAUGAACAGUGCGAUGACAACUACUGCUGAGAUCACAAAUUCACAAUUCGUCCCACUCACUGAAUCGAUCGGUUUCAGAAGAGAGAGAGAGAGAGAGAGAGAGAGAGAUGAGCAGGGUGUGUGUCACCGGGGCCAGCGGCUACAUCGCGGCCUACCUCGUCAAGAAGCUCUUGGAACGAGGCUGCGUCGUCCAUGGAACCUUGAGAAAUCUUGGAGAUGAGAAGAAGACGGCGCCGUUGAGAGAGUUCCCCGGCGCGGCGGAGCGGCUGGUGCUGUUCGAGGCGGACAUGUACGACGCCGACACCUUCGAGCCCGCCAUCGCCGGCUGCGAGUUCGUCUUCCUCGUCGCUACCCCGAUGCAGCACGACCCCACCAGCACCAAGUACAAGAACACCGCCGAAGCGACCACGGACGCGAUGCGCAUCAUCCUGGACCAGUGCGAGCGAUCGAGGACGGUGCGUCGCGUCAUCCACACGGGCUCCGUCACCGCCGCCUCGCCGCUCCGGGAGGACGGCAGCGGCGGCGGCUACAAGGACUUCAUCAACGAGUCCUGCUGGUCUCCUCCCAACCUCACCUGCGACUUCACCAACGAUUACCUGAACGGCUAUGUGUCAUCCAAGACGCUCUCCGAGAAGGAGCUCCUGAGCUACAACGGCUCCUCGCCGUCGCCGGCGUUCGAGGUGGUCACCCUGACGUGCGCGGUCGUCGGCGGCGACACGCUCCAGCCAUGCCCGUGGAGCAGCAGCAUCCCGGUGAUCCUGGCGCCGCUCACCGGCGACGAGCCCUCCCACAACUCCCUCAAGUUCCUGCAGGCGCUGCUGGGGUCCGUGCCGCUGGUGCACGUCGAGGACGCCUGCGACGCGCACGUCUUCUGUAUGGAUCAGCCGUCCAUCGCCGGACGAUUCCUCUGCGCCGCCGGGUACCCCAAUAUGAAGGACUGCGUCGACCACUUCGCCGCCAAGUUCCCCGACAUCGAGAUCAGGCUCAAAGAGGUCAUUGGGGAGGGGGUGAGAGUGCAAGCUGACACCAACAAGCUUGUGGAUUUAGGGUUCAAGUACAGGUAUGGAGUGGAGGAGACGCUGGACAGCAGCGUGGACUGUGCCAAGAGGCUGGGAGAGCUCUGAUAGUCUGAUGUGAUGUGUUGUGUAGCAAAAUCCCUUGCUUCGCUUGACCUGUACAUGUAUACCGUGUGCGUACAUUCUGUGAGAACGGAUUGAUGAAUGAUAAAUUCGUUCCUGCUCAAUUAUCCGUUGGUAAAUUCGUUCCUGCUCAA